AUGCAGGUGGAUAACCCCCAGGAAACUGUGGAAAUGAUCAAGCAGGGGGAAAUCGAUGAGUCCUUGUACAGCCGACAGCUGUACGUGCUUGGUCAUGAGGCUAUGAAGCGUAUGGGAUCAUCCAAUGUUCUUGUCGUGGGCUUGAAGGGUCUGGGUGUUGAAAUCGCUAAGAACAUUGCCCUCGCCGGUGUCAAAUCUCUCACGUUGUUCGAUCCUGCCCCCGUUGCCAUUUCGGACCUGUCCUCCCAGUUCUUCCUCCAACCCCAAGAUGUCGGCAAACCCCGUGCCGAAGUGACGGCUCCGAGGGUCGCGGAACUGAAUUCAUACGUCCCGGUCACGGUCCACGAGGGUGAUAGUCUUGUGAACGAUCUUGAGCAGCUGAAGCGCUACCAGGCAGUGGUGCUUACCCUCACGCCUUUGAAAGAACAACUCGCUAUUGCAGACUUCUGCCACAAGAACGGCAUCUACCUGACUAUUGCGGACACAUUCGGUCUAUUCGGCUACCUUUUCAACGAUUUCGGCAAGAACUUCACCAUCGGAGACGCCACGGGCGAAGAGGCCGUCGGCGGUAUCGUGGCCAGCAUCGAUGAGACUGGCCUGGUUUCCGCCCUGGAUGAGACCCGCCACGGCCUGGAAGACGGCGAUUUCGUGACAUUCACCGAAGUCAAGGGUAUGGAGGCUCUGAACAACUCUGCCCCUCGGAAGAUUACCGUUAAGGGACCUUACACGUUCUCUAUCGGUGACGUCUCCGGACUCGGAACGUAUAAGGAAGGUGGUCUGUAUACUCAGGUCAAGAUGCCGAAGUUUGUGGACUUCCAAUCGCUCGAGGAGCAACUUAAGAAGCCCGAGUUUGUCAUCUCGGACUUUGCCAAGUUCGAUCGUCCGCAGCAGCUGCACAUUGGUGUUCAGGCACUUCAUAGGUUCGCGGAGGCUCACGAUGGCCAGCUUCCUCGUCCUCACAACGAGAGCGAUGCCGAAGAGGUUCUGAAGCUCACCAAGGAUCUGGCGUCGACUCAAGAAGAAAAGGUCGAGUUGGACGAGAAAAUUAUCAAGGAGCUCAGCUACCAAGCUCGCGGUGACUUGAACCCCUUGGCAGCUUUCUUUGGUGGUAUUGCGGCGCAGGAAGUCUUGAAGGCUGUUUCUGGAAAAUUCAGCCCCGUGCAGCAAUGGCUAUACGUGGACUCUCUGGAGUCCCUUCCCACCUCAGUCACUAGAUCUGAGGAGAGCUGCAAACCUCUGGGAACCCGCUAUGACGGCCAAAUUGCCGUCUUUGGUAAGGAGUACCAGGAGAAGAUCUCCAAUGUUACCCAGUUCCUCGUUGGAGCUGGAGCUAUUGGAUGUGAGACCUUGAAAAACUGGGCCAUGAUCGGUCUUGGUACCGGUCCCAAGGGUAAGAUUUAUGUGACCGAUAUGGACCAGAUCGAGAAGAGCAACCUCAACCGACAAUUCCUGUUCCGCUCGAAAGACGUGGGCAAACUGAAGAGUGAGUGCGCUUCCGCUGCGGUCGAGGCCAUGAACCCUGAAUUGAAGGGCAAGAUUGUCACUUUGCGGGACCGAGUGGGACCCGAUACCGAGCAUAUCUUCAAUGAAGACUUCUGGGAGAAGCUAGACGGAGUCACCAACGCCCUGGACAAUGUCGACGCGAGAACCUACGUUGAUCGCCGCUGUGUCUUCUUCCGAAAGCCUCUCCUUGAGAGCGGAACUCUCGGUACCAAGGGCAACACUCAGGUGGUCCUGCCGCACAUCACGGAAUCCUACUCAAGCUCGCAGGAUCCCCCGGAGAAGACGUUCCCCAUGUGCACGCUGAAGAGUUUCCCCAACCGGAUUGAGCAUACUAUUGCUUGGGCCCGGGACCUCUUCCAGACCUAUUUUGUCGGACCCCCCGAGUCUGUCAACAUGUACCUGUCCCAGCCGAACUACAUUGAACAAACCCUCAAACAAGCCGGCAACGAGAAGCAGACUCUGGAGUCGCUGCACGAGUUCUUGGUGGCUGACAAGCCAUUGACCUUUGAUGAUUGCAUUGUUUGGGCCCGUAACCAGUUUGAGGCCCAGUACAACAACGCAAUCCAACAGCUGCUCUACAACUUCCCUAAGGACUCGAAGACCUCGUCCGGUCAGCCCUUCUGGUCUGGGCCCAAGCGUGCUCCUACGCCACUGAAGUUUGACGCCACAAACCCUACCCACCUCGGAUUUGUGAUCGCCGGAGCCAACCUGCAUGCCUUCAACUACGGGAUCAAGAACCCCGGCGCCGACAAGGAGUACUACCGCAAGGUCAUUGACAACAUCAUCAUCCCCGAGUUUACUCCGAAGUCCGGCGUGAAGAUCCAGGCCAACGAAAACGAUCCCGACCCGAACGCCCAGGCUUCGGGAUCCUCUUUCGAUGAUAAUACAGAGAUCCAGCGCCUUGUCGAUUCUCUGCCCUCGCCGAACUCGCUUGCCGGCUUCCGUCUGACCCCGGUGGAGUUCGAGAAGGACGAUGAUACCAACCAUCACAUUGACUUCAUCACUGCGGCCAGCAACCUUCGUGCCGACAACUAUGAAAUUCCUCAGGCCGACCGCCACAAGACCAAGUUCAUUGCGGGCAAGAUCAUUCCUGCCAUCGCCACCACUACUGCGUUGGUUACUGGACUGGUCGCCCUGGAGCUGUACAAGAUCGUUGAUGGCCAGGAUGAUAUCGAGAAAUACAAGAACGGCUUUGUCAACCUUGCAUUGCCGUUCGUCGGCUUCAGUGAGCCUAUCGCCAGUCCCAAGGGCAAGUACAUGGGCAAGGAUGGUGAAAAGACCAUCGAUCAGCUUUGGGAUCGCUUUGAGGUGGAUGACAUUCCCCUCAAGGACUUCCUUCAGUACUUCUCCGAUCUUGGAUUGGAGAUUAGCAUGGUGAGCUCCGGAGUGAGUUUGCUUUACGCCAGCUUCUAUCCCCCAUCGAAGGUGAAGGACCGCCUUCCGCUGCCAAUGAGCAAACUGGUGGAGCAUGUCAGCAAAAAGCCCGUGCCCGAGCACCAGCGAAAUAUCAUUUUCGAGGUGACCGCCGAAGAUCAGACGGAGGAGGAUGUCGAGAUUCCAUAUGUGAUGGUGAAACUGAGGAAGUAG